AUGCCCGAAUCCUCCUCGAAGCCGGACCCUCCCUCUCCCUCUGCUUCCUUCUACGAUGUCUCGGACGACGAAGAAGGCGGUUACAACACAAUAGCACACACUUCCGUUUCAAGAGGCGUCAAGCUACUAUACUCAAAAAGCAAAGUCUAUGUACAUCCCACCAAAUCGGCCAAGGACAACAUCCCCGGCUUCAUUGCACUUGUUCAGCAAAAGUUGCCUCAAGAUCUCACAAAUGAACGACCGACUUCAGCACACUCGUCCAGAAAACAGAACAAUUCUUCGUCCUAUCUGCUGGCCUGGGUGCCGGAGUCUGCUCUGUCUCAGGAUGAUCUCAGUACAUAUGUUAAAGUUGACAUGAAAGACGGCGAAUCCCCGCCCAGGCAAUCGUAUCUGGUACCUCCACUUCCUCUUGCAACAACGUUUGACGAGUCGCCCGUCGGCCCAUACGCAUUCUCACUGCCUCUCUCAAGCAUUUACUCGAUCCACGUUCGGCCGCCGAGUCUGGGUUGGUGGUACGGUAGUGUGGUUGUCAACACUCGCGCUGGGUCAAGUCUCCCGGCUCUCUUCUUCCACGACUCAGAAUGCGAAAGUACAAUUCUUCAGAAGAGAAAGAGAGCACGAGAGUCUUUCGAUCCAUUUGGAGAAAGCGGCGAUUUGUACUGGGGAGGCGAUGAAGUCUUGCGCUGGCUGAAGAGAUACGUGACGGUCGAACGGAGCACUGCUGAGCCGUCCAUCUACCUAAUAGACCCGUCAGAAGAGGACCUUCUCGGAUUCGGUCAAGGUCGAAAGUCAAUGGAGAAUCAAAGAAAGCGGGGAAAGAGCACUUCAGAACAGAAACAGCCUUCACAACAGCAGAAACCACCUGCCGGGCCAGGGAUGGAUCCCUUGACCAAAGCGUUGAAGGAGACGAGGUGGAAGAUCCUCGAGCAAUUAUCCAAAGUCACCACUUUCACCCGCCGAGCUGCGGAGGAUCUUGCCAACAAUAAGAACCUGCCACCCCAACUCCGUCGAAUUCUGCAAAACCCAGAGAUCCAAACCUGGCAGGACGAAUAUGAUAGUGCGAAGCUGUACCUCGCUAAAUGGGCAGCGAGUAUUGCCGAGCAAAGUGACCGGGAGAAGAGACAGCGCAUUUGGACCGCCAGAGAUGUCCUAGACUCUGAAGAAACCAGUGUCGGCGAUUUCGAAAUCCUCGAAUUGGAGGCCGGUCGGAUGGAUCUGACAGGCAGCAAGCGCCGACCUGUUGAUCUAGAGGAAUGGAGAUCCUUUUUCGACGCCAAAGGCAAGCUUCACGUCACCGUCGACGAGGUCAAGGAACGUAUUUUCCAUGGCGGUUUGAAUGCUGAGGAUGGCGUGCGCAAGGAGGCAUGGCCCUUUCUCCUCGGUGUUUAUGAAUGGAACAGCACCGAACAGGAACGACACGUCUUCAUGAACAGCAAACGCGAUGAAUACAUCCAACUUAAAGGAGCAUGGUGGGAACGCAUGGCCGAUAACGAAGCCACGCCCGAGCAGGAAGAAUGGUGGAAGGAGCAGAAGAAUCGUAUCGAGAAAGAUGUCCACCGUACCGAUAGACAUAUUCCACUUUUUGCGGGUGAGGACAUCCCUCAUCCAGAUCCAACUUCGCCAUUUCACAAUGCCGACGGUCCAGGCACAAAUGUGCACAUGGAACAGCUCAAAGAUAUGCUCCUCACAUACCUGGAGUACGACACACCUCCUUCAUCGGUCGCUACUUCAAAUCAACCUUCAUCCUCAUCUUCCCACCGUGUAUACAAAACUCAAAACCCACAUCCACAGAACCUGGGCUACGUUCAAGGCAUGUCUGACCUUCUGUCUCCGCUCUACGCCGUCUUCCAAGAUGAUGCCCUCGCUUUUUGGGCCUUCGUCUGCUUCAUGCGCCGCAUGAACCGAAAUUUCGUUCGCAGCCAGUCUGGCAUGCGGGCGCAAUUGGCCACUCUGGACCAGCUGGUCCAGAUCCUUGACCCAAAAUUGUAUCUCCAUCUUCAAUCAGCAGACAGCACGAACUUUUUCUUCUUCUUCCGUAUGCUACUUGUUUGGUAUAAGAGGGAGUUUGAGUGGUCAGAUGUGCUGCGGUUAUGGGAGAGUCUAUGGACGGACUUUUACAGCUCACAAUUUCACCUCUUCGUCGCCGUGGCCAUCCUCGAGAAGCAUCGCGACUUCAUAAUGGACCAUCUUCAGCAUUUUGACGAGGUGCUGAAGUACAUCAAUGACUUGAGCGGACAGAUCGAGCUGCAAGAGACGUUAGUCAGGGCCGAGGCCUUGUUCAAACGGUUCGAAAGGACGGUGGAGGCAGUGGAUCGGCGCAAUACUUUUCCGGCGCCCGGACAGACUCCGGGGCAAUCCGAGUCUAGAAAGCAGGGUGGUGAUGGUAAAAGCACGCAGGAAGCAUCGGAGACUGGCACCAGGGCCACUUCGACUGCAGGGUCUUCAAGAAGCCCUGGACGUCAGGGUUCGAGGCCCGUGUCCCAAGGCAGACCGACAUCAAAGAGCGGCAAACCCCCGGAGAAGGAGAAGGAGAAGGUAAUUACUCCAGAGUUGAGAUUGCUGCUGAGCAAAAGGAUCAUCACCCUCGAAGGAGAGGAUGGUAGCGAGGCCGAUGGUUCAAGAACCAGAGCGAGCGGGUUGAAGGACUAA